UGAUUGUUAAUUUAUUCAUUUAUAUAGUGUUUUCUCCCCAAAAAUAUAACAAAUUGAUUCCGUUCAGGUUCAGAUUCAAGUUCUGCCAUUUCAUGUAUCAUGGCGCUCGAGAUUCAUGUACGAGAUUGUAAACAAUAACAUACCACCGGUGUCAGGUUGAUCUGGGUUGAUCUUUCGUGACAAAGAAUUCGGUCGAGUAAUAUGGAAAUACCCACAAAACGGCGCGGGAGACACAGGAGAAAGCGACUCUUGAGGAAACAGCUACGCGAGCGGAUCAAACUCAUCAAACGUGAGGUUAGGUCCGCGGGGCAUCGGACGGUCUUCCCAGAGUAUGUCGUCGAUGCGCGCGAGAUAUUAACGACGGGCACGAUGCAAGCCGAGGCUUUUUGGAAGAAUUACGCGGUGGCUCAGGAGUGGCAAAAGCGACACAGCAUAACCUGGUGGAGAUCGCGUUGCGUCGCCCUCGAGCACGAGAAUAAACUGCUGCGUGACAAAGUUAGAUCUCUGGCUCAACAUCGCGACACUCGACAGUACAGUUAUCAGAAUAACAGCAACGUGACUAGAGAGGAAAACCACGCGGAGUUCGGUUUGAACGACGACGACGACGAUGACGAGGACGAUAACCUGGAGUUCACCGUGACCGAGGACAUGCUGAACUUCUUCGAGACGAGCGAGAGACACAAACAGGAGAUGCGGCAAAAGCGCGAGAACGAGAAUUCCGAGGAGACACCCUUCGUCGGUGCCGCCGAGAGCGCCCGGGUGAGGAAGGAGCAGGCCGAGCUGCUGUACGGCGACGCCGGCCUCAGGAUAUUGACGAUGGAGACCGCUCUGCUGAGCACGAUCGAGCGAUAUGAGGAUUCGGCGAAUCCACAAUACUGGCCCAAUAUCCCUCUCAAACUCUAGGAAGAUCUAGACCGUCAAUCAUCUCCUAUAUGGAUUCUAUAAGUUUAAUUCGUUGAUGCAAGGGCAGUGCUGUGAUUCCAAGCAACUCAGAAUCCGAGGCCCGAGCCCGGGCACUCGACACAUACACAUCACACGCACACGCACGCGCGCACACAUAUACUGCGCUCCAUAGAGAUCGGGAGUCGCGGGAGUUGGGAGAGAUCCUAGAGCUAUCUGUUUUACCGACAUUUUUUAAAUAAAAAUUCAUUUUUUAAUUGGCUUUAUAAAAUUGCAAAAGUUUUUCUUCAGAAUUAAUUAAAGUACGCACAAAAAUCUAAAGGAAAACGGUCGAGUUUAUGUAAAAAAAGAAAAUAAUUUUUAUUUCUGGUACGUAAAACUCUCUGUUAGUUGAUGACGAUUUGCUUUACGAUGUGGAUAUAUAAUGUACACAUAAAUGAAACUGUAUUUCUCUCAGGGAUAACAUGUACGACCGAUAUCGUGCAAUUCAAACUAAGAUUAAAAGUCUAGGAAAAAAGAUUUGCUCGAUCCUUUAACUUUUUAUAAUUGAAAAUCGAAAUACGAAAUGAUAAAAGGAGCAGUCUAAAAUUUGUUUUUAUUCUCGGUAUAAAGACCAAUUUAUAGACUGAUAUGAAUACGUGUACUCUAAUUCUAUAUAGAAAAAAUUUUCAAAUCUAUAAAAGAAAUACAUACGAAAUUGCACAAAUUAUUCUACAUUAUCGACCUCGAUCAAGCAAGUUUGAUGCGAGUCAAUCAUAUAUACGUAAUAAGACGCCGUAAGCGAUUUAAUAGCAUGAAAAAUCUUAUCGAGUGCUGAAGGCUUUAUUCUGUUGUUUGACACGAACAAAGUUACAUCUAUCUUCACACAUAUAAUUGUUAGAAGCAGUGUGUCGGAUCUUUCUGUCUUUUUGUGUAAGUCAAAUUUUUUAGUAAUUCCUUUUUAUAGUUUGUUGUUGAAAUUGUUUUUUGAUUGACCAUGAAUUAGAGUAUUUUUGAUAUUCAGUGUUUAGAAGAUGACUGAUAAUUAGUUGCGGUUACAGACCACAGACUACAGACUUUUGAAUUUUAUACUUUGCACUCUGAAGAAAACUAGAAAUGUGAGCCGAAACGUUUGCGUACUCGAUGUACAUAUUACAUUCGCGUUCCAAUGCGUUUAACAUCGUCCAAAAUUUUGGAUUUUAUCUAAAAUCGAUUAAAUUUUGCAUACGAACAUCUUAAUGCUGGCUCUUCUUGGGAAUAUUUUCCUAACGUAUUAUUUUAAAAAUAAAAGAAUACAUUUAGCAAAAAAAAUGAAUAUUGUUUACAUGAUUAAUUACUAGAAUUAUAAAAAGCUUUAUACAUCGACCAAACUAAAUAACAUUUGGAGAUACGUGUUAGAGAUUAGAGAAUAUUCAAUUACAAAAUCACGCACUUUCAGUCGCUAAUAUUUUUUUCUAUUAAAUGUUGCUUACAGUAUAUUCUCAUAUUAUUAUCAAGAGACUAUAAGUCUCCCAUGAAACAUGAGAUUUAACAUCUCUAAAAAGGUUUAAGAUAUUUAAGGUAGGGUAAUGUUGGAAAAUGCAUAAUUUUCAGGGAAAAUCAACGUUUAAAUAUCUGUAACUAUUUUCCCUUUAUUUAGCGUAAUUUUAAGGUCUAUUUUUUAAUUCUAUGGGAAAAAAUACGAAGGAAAACUUCAGAAAUUCAUACAAUAAUAUGAUAGCAAUAAGAGCUAAGAUUCGUUCUUAUCGUUAUUACUACGUCAUAAUGCAUUGGGAAUGAUAAUUUAUUAUUCACAGUUUCUAUUUUUUGUUCCUAUUCGUUGCCUUCUGCAAGAGGUUUUACUUAAUGAGAUGCUUGUUUUUCUCAAAACUAUUUAAAGUUGUUUGUAUCUUAAUAUGUUUAUAUUGUUCUUUGAUUUAUUAUUCGUAUUAAAUUUUAAAAAAUUGUAAUUUUUAAUAUAAAAAACGUUAAUCUUAUUUCUGUAAAGAUGUAGAAAUCUAUUUAGCUCUUCCCUCCUCGCAAAAAAGAAUGGUUAUGCUAGUCAUGCGUUAUUAUAUAAUGCUCAUUUAAAAUUAAAUGCACAUAUAUUAAAAGAUUACCUAAUGCUUAUAUAGAAGUAUACAUAAUUUCUUAUACGUCAUUUCAAUUAAUUUGUAAUAAAUUAAACUUGCAUCUACAAUAAAAAACAAGAUCUAACAGUGU